GCCCCCAGGUCGGGGCGGCUGGCAGCAGGGCCCCCAGGCGGGGCGGCAGCGCAGGGGCCCCCAGGCGGGGCGGCAGGCGCAGGGGCCCCCAGGCGGAAUAAGCGGCGGACCCUCAGGAGGGGCGGGCGGGCACCGGGUCAUCAGGCAUGAACAGCGGGCAUCGGGUCACCAUGCAGGAAAUCAGGUCAUUUGGCUCGCCAGCGGCACACCCGCGUCCUCAUGGCAAAAAAACAAAGGCAGCGGGCACUGAGUCACAGGAAGGACAGUGGGUUACUGAGUCAAACUGGCAUGACGCGGGGCACUGGGCUCGACAGCGGGCAUCGGGUCACCAGGCUAUCAGGUCAUUUGGCUCGACAGCGGGCGCCGCGUCAUCUGGCAAGGCAGUGGGCACCGAGUCACCAGGCACGACAGUGGCGCUCUGA